AUGCCUAACUGUGAUGUCGAAGUGGUCUUUCACCAUGGGGGCAAAUUUGUGAAUGAUGGGUCAUUUAAAUAUGAGUUUGGUCAAACAUCUACUUUAAAAAUUGACCCAGAUAGAUGGAGCUACUUUGAAAUUAUGUCCAUUUUGAAGGAGAUGGGCUAUAUUAAUGUUAAAGAGUUGUGGUAUUCAGUGGGUGGUGGUACUGUGUUAGAAGGAAGGUUAGAACUAUUAUCUGAUGACAAGGGUGCAUGUGAUCUGGUCAACCUUGCCAUUUUGAAUGGUCAAUCUCACCUGUAUGUUGUACACAUGGUGUCAGAUCCUGAGUACGUUCAUAUGUUGGGGGAGGGUGACACUGAUAAUCGUGUAGAGGUAGAGUGUGAGGAAGAGUGUGAGAAGGCUGGCAAUGAUAAUUGUGUGGAGGCAGAGGCUGAGGGAGACACUGAUGGGGCUGUUUUGGGGGAGGGUGUAGAGGCUGACAAUGAUAACAUUGUGGAGGCAGAGGUUGUGGGAGAGGAUGUUGGGGCUGGUUUGGGGGAGGGUGUAGAGGCUGUUAAUGAUAACUUUGUGGAGGCAGAGGCUGAGGGAGAGGAUGUUGGGGCUGUUUUGGGGGAGGGUGUAGAGGCUGACAGUGAUAACUUUGUGGAUGCAGAGGCUGAGGGAGAGGAUGUUGGGGCUGUUUUAGGAGAGGGUGUAGAGGCUGACAGUGAUAAUUUUGUGGAGGCAGAGGCUGAGAGAGAGGAUGGGGGACAUGAUGACUACGAUGUUAGAAGUUGGAAUGGAGAUGAAGAGGAUGUGUUGAGUGAAGAUCAUCUUGUGGAGGUUAGUGUCCAUGGAGAUGAAGUGGAAGAUGAUUUCUGUAACCGUAGUGAGGAAGUUGAAGUGGGUGGACCAAGUGGGAAGUAUCUAAUGAAGAGAUGGGCAAGAAAUAGAGAGAAGAUAAGCUGGUCAGGAUUCAAAUUAUUUGAAGUGAGACACACUUCCAACAUUGGUGACAAGUUUGUUGUUGACAUAGAUAAAGUGGACUGUAGUUGCAGGAAAUGGAGUAUAACAGGAAUCCCAUGCUGUCAUGCCCUCACUGCCAUGACAUUUUUAAACAUCAAUGGAGAAGACUACAUCUCACAUUGGUUUACAAAGUCAACCUAUGAACAAACAUACUUUCCAAUGAUAUAUCCAGUCAACAGUGCUCAUAUAUGGGAAAUGACUUCAAUGCCUGAUGUGUUGCCUCCACCUAAGAGGAUUUUGCCUGGUAGACCGAAAAAGAAAAGAAGAUUAGAGCCUUGGGAGCUAAAGAAAGAUGACACUCAACUAAGACAAGGUGGAACACAUAAGAGAUGUGGCAUAUGUAGAGAGCUUGGACAUAAAAGAAAUACUUGUCCACAAGCUGCCCAAGCUGCUCCAACAACUCCAAAUGCAACUCAAUCCAGUCAAAUUACUCAAUGCGAGGUUGAACAACCCCAACAAAGUCACCCAUCAACAACAGCACCUCAGACAACUUCAACACCAGCUGACCCAACUGCCACAGCACCUUAA